AUGUUCAAAUACAACUGUUAUUCUCAACUCAAUACAUUUUUAAAUGAGAAUAAAUUAUGUGCUAAUGAUGGGUAUGUGUAUAAGUUGGUUAUGUCAUUAAGUUGUACUUGUGAUAUCAACAAUAUCAAGUGGAUGUUACAUGAUGAUGCAUACGGUCAAGAUUUGUAUAUGUUAAAUCGAUGUUUAGAUGAUAUUGAAUGGUUUGAAAAGAAGUUGAGAAAAAGUCUUAGGUCAUCACCACAGGAACUUGAAAAUAAAUAUAGUUCAGAUGUCAAACGAAAUGAUGUUGAUCAUGAUGAAUUGCCAGAUUCUACUGUAGCAAUUGAUUCUUUACAAAAAAUUAAAUUUGCAUUAAAUAUUGUUGAAAAAGUUCGUAAAUCCCUGCCAUAUUUAUCAAAAGAAAUUUUUAUUUACUUAAUAAGAAUUGUUCGAAAAGUUCAUACAAUUGCAAGCGAAAAACAAUUUACGCAUUAUAAUCCCACUAUUGUAAUCGAUGUCAUUGAACCAUUGUUAAAUGAAGAAACAAUCACAUCGAUAAUGAAUUUAUUAUCAUUUAAAACAAAACAAUUAUGGUUAGAUCUUGGACCUUCAUGGAAUACACCAGGUUCAAAGUGGCCAAAUCCAUUGAAUAUUUAUACGCCAAUAUUCAAUCAUCCAUCGAAAAAAAAACGAACUCGACAUCGAUCAAAUGAAGUGAUUAGUAGAAGAAAUCCAGUAUUUAAUUCACGAAUACUUCUGAGUGGAACACCAGAAAUCAACCAUGGACGUGAAUCCCGUUUUAAUGGUGGUCUGCGUUAUUUCCGUGUUGAUGACAGGGAAUAUUUAGCUUUUCAACGAUUUCGAAAAAGAACUAAACAAGAUGAUCAACCAUUUAUAAUCGAUGAAAUUUAUUCUCGUCCUUGUGUAUCAUCCCCAUGGUCAAUAUAUUCAUCAGAGACUUGAGAUUAUGCUAUUCAACUAAACCUGUACACUGAUCUAUUAAUAUAUAUAUUAUAUAUAUAUAUAUAUAUAUAUAUA